GGCCGGAUCCAGCCGUCCGCCUCACAAGUACACCAACCGUCUCGCCUCCGAGCACAGCCCGUAUCUCCUCCAGCACGCGCAUAACCCGGUUGAUUGGUACCCAUGGGGAGAGGAAGCUUUUGAAAAAGCGCGCAAAAAAGAUGUUCCCAUCUUUCUGUCAAUUGGAUACAGCACAUGCCAUUGGUGUCAUGUCAUGGAGGUCGAGUCGUUUGAGAGUGAAGAGGUUGCAAAACGGCUAAAUGAAUGGUUUGUUAGUAUCAAGGUUGACCGGGAGGAGCGACCUGAUGUUGAUAAGGUGUAUAUGACAUAUGUGCAAGCAUUAUAUGGUGGUGGUGGUUGGCCUUUAAGUGUAUUUCUUUCUCCGAAUCUUAAGCCCUUGAUGGGUGGCACAUACUUCCCCCCUGAUGACAAAUAUGGACGUCCUGGAUUUAAAACAGUUCUCAGGAGGGUCAAAGAAGCUUGGGAAACUAAUCGAGAGAUGCUUGAGAAGAGUGGUACCCUCGCAAUUGAACAACUAUCCGAAGCACUUUCAUCGAAAGUUGAAGCUCGUGGGUUAUCAGACCAGAUGUCACAAAUUUCACUGAGGCUAUGUGCUGAACAGCUGUCAAAUAGUUAUGAUCCAAAGUUUGGUGGAUUCUCCUCUGCUCCAAAAUUUCCCAGACCUGUUGAAAUCUACCUUAUGCUUUAUCAGUUGAAGAGGCUGACUGAAGAUGGUAAGGAGACCGAAGCUAAUAGACAUUUGAAGAUGGUUUGUCAUAGUUUGCAAUGCAUGGCGAGAGGUGGAGUUCAUGACCACAUUGGUGGUGGCUUUCAUAGAUACAGCGUUGAUGAGUGCUGGCAUGUCCCGCAUUUUGAAAAGAUGUUGUAUGACCAAGGGCAGCUUGUUAAUGCUUAUUUGGAUACAUUUUCAAUCACCAAAGACAUCUUUUAUUCAUCAGUGGCACGUGAUAUUCUUGAUUAUUUAAGGAGAGAGAUGAUUGGAGCAGAGGGUGAAAUAUAUUCUGCGGAAGAUGCUGAUAGUGCUGAACACGAAGGUGCUUCAAGAAAGAAAGAAGGUGCAUUUUACGUUUGGACGAGCAAAGAGAUUGACGAGGUUGUUGGAGAGUAUGCUAACCUGUUUAAGGAUCACUAUUAUGUUAAAGCAUCCGGAAAUUGUGACCUUUCUAGAAUGAGUGAUCCUCACAAUGAAUUUAAGGGGGGAAAUGUGCUUAUUGAAAGGAAAGAUGUACCAACAAUGGCAUCAAAAGUUGGCAUGCCUCUGGAUGAGUACUCUCGUAUCCUUGGUGAAUGUCGAGAAAAGCUUUUCAAUGUUCGAUCUAGUCGACCAAGGCCACACUUGGAUGACAAGGUUAUCGUCUCAUGGAAUGGGCUUGCAAUAUCUUCUUUCGCAAGAGCUUCCCGAAUCCUCAAGGCCGAAGCAAAUGAAACCAAAUUCUACUUUCCUGUGGUUGGGUGCGAUUCAUGUGAAUAUCUGGAGGUUGCAGAAACGGCAGCAAAGUUCAUCAAGAAUAAAUUAUAUGAUGUGCAAACAAAACGGCUUCGUCAUAGCUUUCGGAAUGGGCCGUCAAAAGCGACUGGCUUUUUAGAUGAUUACGCAUUUCUCAUCUCAGGAUUGCUGGAUCUUUAUGAGUAUGGUGGUAGGAUGGACUGGCUGAUUUGGGCGAUUGAACUACAAGCUACUCAGGAUGAGCUGUUUCUGGAUAGAGAUGGGGGAGGCUACUUUAAUACUCCUGGAGAAGACCCUUCUGUCCUGCUCCGAGUGAAAGAAGAUUAUGAUGGAGCAGAGCCAUCGGGGAACUCAGUUUCUGCAGUUAAUCUGAUAAGAUUGUCAUCUAUGGUUGCAGGUGGAAGGUCUGAAUAUUUUAGGCGAACUGCUGUGCAUCUUUUGGCAGUAUUUGAGAAAAGGUUGAAAGAUCAAAGUAUUGCGGUUCCUCUAAUGUGCUGUGCAACAGAUAUGCUCUCUGUUCCUUCCAGGAAACAGGUAGUAUUAGUUGGAGAUAAAAAUUCUACCGAGUUUCACAAUAUGGUCGCAGCUGUUUAUGCCUCUUACGAUCUAAACCGGACUGUGAUACAAAUAGAUCCUAGUAACAAAGAAGACAUGGGGUUCUGGGAAACCUAUAAUCAGAACAUUGCUCAGAUGGCCGAGGGAAGCCCAGCAGACAAGACAGUAGCUCAUGUAUGCCAAAAUUUUGUUUGCAGUGCACCAGUGGCUGAUCCAGUUGCGCUCCAGGACUUGCUCAAGAAAGGGACUUUUUCUGCUUCGUCUCGUUGAUGUCUCCUCAUAAAUGCAUGCAUUAUCGGUGUUUUUCUCUCAGGUAAUGUCAGAUGCAUCCAUAUUGUACACUUAAUGUCUUUUUAUCUGAGAUUUAUGUGUUAUAGUGUAAUAAUAAUGAGCUGACAAUGUAAUGGUACAUAAGAGGUGUAGAGUGAAUCGGAUCCCUAAUAUAUUUUCUCUCUUAGCAAUGCCUUGUAAAAAAAAGUGUGAAUGCGUGCUUUGUUGUUGUAUGACAGUGGAACAUUGUUCCCGAUAUGGUGACGGCGGUUGAAUUCCCAUAAGUUGCAUAUAGUUGAGAUUGCAGACGAUAU